AUGACGACUGCCGUUUUAAAAGCUCCAAAUCCCGAACUCGGCAGCAAAGACAGAGUUCGUGAAAAUGUGGAAUUCCUGAUACAAAGUGAGGGGCUAAAUUUGAACUACUGCUGCUUAGCAGACAAAAAGAGACAGAAAAGGGGACUGUCUACCCAGCAUGCGUUCGUCCCAGCCCGAAAAGAGUUGCUUAACUUUUGGACAGCCAUCAAGCAGUCUGGACAGUUGAAGAAGACUGUGAAAAACGGACCGAUGAACAAAGCAUAUCACAUUUAA